AUGGGUAUCAGGGGGAUCCUGCGAGCCGCCGUGCUCCUGCUCCUCAUCAGGACCUGGCUCGCGGAGGGCAACGAGCCCAGUCCUAGCCCAAAAUUCCACUUCGAGCUCUCCCCGACCGUGCCCGAAGUCAUCCUGAACCUCUUCAACUGCAAAAAUUGUGCAAAUGAAGCUGUGGUUCACAAGAUUUUGGACAGGGUCCUGUCGAAUUAUGAUGUCCGUCUGAGGCCAAAUUUUGGAGGUGCCCCUGUGCCCGUGGGAGUAUCCAUGUAUGUCUCCAGUAUCGAGCAGAUCUCAGAAAUGACUAUGGACUAUACGAUCACAAUGUUUUUCCAUCAGACCUGGAAAGAUCCACGUUUAGCAUACCAUGAGACCGACCUGAACUUGACCCUGGACUAUCGGAUGCUGGAGAAGUUGUGGGUGCCUGACUGCUACUUUCUAAAUAGCAAGGAUGCUUUUGUGCAUGAUGUGACUGUGGAAAACCGCGUGUUUCAGCUUCACCCAGAUGGAACGGUGCGAUAUGGCAUGCGACUUACCACCACAGCAGCAUGUUCCUUGGAUCUGCAGAAAUUCCCUCUGGACAAGCAGACCUGCAAGCUGGAAGUGGAGAGCUAUGGUUACACGGUUGAAGACAUUGUAUUAUACUGGGAAGGUAAUGGGAAUGCCAUCCAGGGGACUGAGAAGCUGCACAUUCCUCAGUUCAGCUUCCUGGGAAAGACGAUGAGUAGCAAAGAGGUGUUUUUCUACACAGGUUCCUAUGUGCGCCUGAUACUGAGGUUCCUGGUCCAGAGGGAAGUUACCAGCUACCUUGUGCAGAUCUAUUGGCCUACUGUUCUUACCACUGUCGUCUCUUGGAUAUCAUUUUGGAUGAACUAUGAAUCCUCUGCAGCCAGGGUGACAGUUGGUCUGACUUCAAUGCUCAUCCUGAACGCCAUCAACUCACAUCUGCGGGAUAAACUCCCCCAAGUUGCCUGCAUUAAGGCCAUCGACGUCUAUAUGGUCGUUUGCUUCUUAUUCGUGUUCCUGUCCUUGCUGGAAUAUGUCUACAUCAACUAUCUUUACUACAGCCGAGGAGGAUCCCGGCGCAACCAAAGGCGACGCAGGAGAGCCCGAAGAGUCAUGGCCCGCUACCGAUACCGGGAAGUAAUGCUGCAGGUUUGGGAAGACCAGAUUAGCAUAGAAGAUGAAAGUGGCUCUCUGUCAUCCAGGCCGGCGCGGGCCUGCCUGGCAAGCCUAGAAAGCCUCAGCUCUUUGACCUCCAUCCCAGGGCAGGCCCCACUGGCCACCGCAGAAAGCCUCAGCUCACUGUCUUCUCUCUCAGAGCCGGCCUCGCUGGCCUCUAGAGAAAGCCUGAGCGAUCUCCCCUCCACCCCAGAGCAGGCCCCACACAGGUAUGGCAUUCACGUUAAUGGUUUUGAGAACGAUGACAGUGUUACUCCUACUGAAAUCCGCAACCUUGCUGAGGCCCAUGACCACGCUGAGAUCGGUGACCCAGAAGACCCUGAAGAGAACUUCAGCUUGGAUGAGAGUCCUGUCCAUAUCCCUAGUGGGAGGCCUCUGCUGCUCUACGGCCACAGGCGUGUGCGGGAAGCAAGCUGCAGCCUUGAUGAGAUCCGUAUUGAGAGUGGCUACCUUGACCUUGAGAAGCAACUCAGGUACGAUCUUUACAACUGGAGGCCUGAUGCUAAGAAUUUUGUGCGCCUUAACCGACGCAAGGACAGUAACUCCGAGUCUGAGGACAGUUGCCCCCCAAGUCCUGGGUGUUCCUUCACCGAAGGGUUCUCCUCCAAGCUCUUUGACCCUGACUAUGUCCCUAAGGUCGACAAGUGGUCCCGGAUCCUCUUCCCUCUUGCCUUUGUGGUGUUCAACAUUGUCUACUGGGCAUAUCAUCUCAAUUAG